AUGUGUCUGCGCUCCCGCCCCGCCCCGCCAGGUGUCGCCCUCCUCGCCAUGGCCGCCGAGCGCGCCGCGUCUCCUCCUCUCCUGCGGAUUCUGUGCCUGCAUGGAUACAGGCAGAAUGGCAAGAGCUUCCGGGACCGCACGGGCUCCCUGCGCAAGAUCCUGAAGAAGCACGCAGAGCUGGUUUACAUCUCAGCUCCAAACGUGAUCCCAGCCCAGAGGGAGGAGGAGGAGGCGGCGGGUGGAGACGGAAACACUCACACAGACGACCAGCGGGCCUGGUGGUUCACCGUGGACCCGGCCCGGGCCGCGCCGGGUGAGCGUCUCUUCGACUCCACAGCGGCCUCCGCUUACAGCGUCGGCUUCGACGAUUCGGUGCUCACGAUUGCACGCACCGUCAACGAGCUGGGGCCCUUCCACGGAAUUUUGGGCUUCAGUCAAGGAGCCUCCAUGGCUUCUCUCAUCCUCGCCAUGCAGAGGGAUAAUGACUCGCGCUUCUCGUUUGGCUUCGCGGUGCUGGUGUCCGGCUUCCGGAGCAGCUCCGCGGUGCACCGGGGCGCGUACGCAGGCGGCGCCGUCUCCACGCCCAGCCUGCACGUGCGCGGCCUCACGGACCGCGUCAUCGCCCACCAGCGCAGCGCCGAGCUGCAGCAGGGAUACUCGCACGCCAGCGAGCUCGUCCAUCCAGGGGGGGACUUUUCCCGUCUGCCCCCAGGCCACUUCGUCCCCGCUUCCCCGCCCCAGAAGGCCAUCUACCUCGAGUUUCUGGAGCGGUUUCAAAGAGACCAGAAUGGGCAGCAGUGACCGGGGGGAGGGGCCGUGGAAGAGCCCCGUGGGUGGGUCACUGUUGCUGCGAGCGACUGAGUCAACCCAUCUCCGAGUGUCCGCCUCCACAGCCCUAAUAAACGUUCGCGACUUGUUCCGCUCGCAA